GGACUGAGCUCGGCCAGCCUCGCCUCCCGGGGCAGAUGAGCCGAAGAAGCAGGUGUUGCCGGGCCAGACGAGGCCGACAGAUGAGGAUUCGUUCCCCUCCUCCAGGAAAACCGGGCGGGUUUCUUUCUAUCUGCUGAUCCCCGGGGUCCCAGUGUGGAGGGAUUGGCAAAUCCGGCUGAUCCCAGAUCCUAAACUCCUCGUAUGCUCUCCUGAGCUGGCGGUUUUCCAAACUUCCAUCCCCUCCAGGAAGCCAGAGGGGUCUCCCGUCAGCCCAUCCGAGCACUCUAGUGCCAUGGCAUUCGCGGAACUCCUAGAAGAGGCGGGAGGACUGGGGCUUUAUCAGAUCCUGCAGAUGAUCGCCCUCCUUAUUCCCAUUUUCCUGGUCACCGCUCUCAAUCUUGUGGAGAACUUCUCGGGGGCCAUCCCAGAUCACCACUGCCGGGUGCCCGGGCUCGGGGCCCACUCCGACCCGGCCGGAUUCCCUGGGAACCUCACCCCUGAAGCCCUCCUGACGGUCUCCAUCCCUCUGGGUCCGGACCAGGAGCCGGAGAAGUGCCGGCGGUUUCUGCAACCCCAGUGGCAGCUCUUGUCCCCCAACGCCUCGGCCGCCAACGCCAGCCGGCUGGACACAGAGCCCUGCCUGGAUGGCUGGACGUAUGACCUGAGCGUCUUCUCCUCCACCAUCGUGGCCGAGUGGGAUCUAGUGUGUGACUCCCGGGCACUGAAGCCGAUGUCUCAAUCCCUGUACAUGGGGGGGAUUCUGCUGGGUGCAGCUGUUUGCGGCCAAGUCUCCGACAGGUUCGGCCGGAAACUGGUGCUGAGCUGGUGUUACCUGCUGAUGGCGCUCUCCAGCACCUGCGCCGCCUUUGCCCCCAACUUCUCCCUCUACUGCGCCCUGCGCUUCCUGUCGGCCUUCGCGGUGGCCAGCAUCAUGAUGAACACCAGCUCGCUUUUGAUGGAGUGGGCCACCACAAAGGCCCGGGCCAAGGUCAUGACCGCGAACGCGCUGAGCUUCAGUUUCGGCCUGGUCCUCCUGGCGGGGACAGCGUACGCCAUCCGAGCCUGGCGGCUACUCCAGCUGACCCUGUCCAUGCCCUUCUUCAUCUCCUUCAUUUACUCAUGGUGCCUGUCGGAGUCGGCCCGCUGGCUGCUGAUCACGGGCCGAGCGGAGCGGGGGCUGCAGGCCCUGCAGAGGGUGGCGCGCAUCAACGGCAGCGCCGACCCCGGGACACGCCUCAGCGCCCAGGCUUUGAGCUCUGCUAUGCAGGAAGAGUUGGCCAUGGCAAAGUGCCGUUACACCAUUAUGGAUUUGUUCCGCACCCCAACUCUACGCAAGAGAGUCUUCUGCAUGACCCUCGUCUGGUUCGCCUUUGGUUUUACGUACUAUGGGCUCGCACUGGACCUGCAGGCCCUGGGAAGCAGCCUCUUUCUGCUCCAGGUCCUCUUCGGCACAGUGGACUUCCCAGCCAAGUUCCUAGCCCUGUGGGCCAUGAACCGCGUGGGCCGGCGCUGGACACAGAUAGCUUCCCUCUUCCUGGCCGGACUCUCCGUCUUGGCCAAUGUGUUCGUGUCACAAGAAAUGCAGCCCCUGCGCCUGUCUUUGGCGGUCCUGGGAAUAGGGAGCAUGGGAGCUGCCUUCUCCUGCCAUGCUGUCUACAGCAGUGAGCUCUACCCAACCGUGCUCAGAAUGACUGCCAUCAGCCUGGGCCAGAUAUCUGCCCGCCUGGGCUCCAUGCUGGGCCCACUGGUGAGGAUGACCGGCCAGUUCUUUCCUGCCCUGCCGCUGAUCACCUACGGUGCCGUCCCCAUCAUCGCUGGCCUGGGGGUCCUCUUUCUCCCCGAAACCAAGAACCUCCCUCUGCCUGACACCAUCCAGGAUGUAGAGAGCGGGGGACAAAGGGAGGAGGGAGCAAGAGGCGUCGAUGAGCUAGAGAAGACCACUGGGAAGACCACCCGGUUCUAGGGGGGUCCUCGGAGCCUGAGGGAAUCAAGCCUGGAGACCCUGUCCGCUACGCCCAAGGACGAUGCCCCCGCUGCCGUUCUUGCUCCUGCUGCCACCCCAGGAAGGAACUAGAGGUACUGGGUGAAGCGGAGGUGAAGACACAAGAAAACCAGGAUGGAAAAGGUCCAAACCAGUUCCCUCAACCUUCAGUCCAUCCCUGCUCACCUUUGCUUUCCGGCCAUGGCCCUCCGGCCUUCUGCUGCCUCAGCACCCCACUGAAUGAGACAGAGACUGAUUUUCCCACACACCCAUCUCCGUCCAGCUUCCUGAACGUGCCAGCUCCCUCUGGCCCAAGUUUGGGUAACCUCCUCCCUCAGACUCCACUUGUCUUCCAGUCAAUCAAUCAGUGGCAUUUGGUCAAUCAAUCAGUGGUAUUUAUUGAGUGCUUACUGCGUG